GACCUGGGAUCCAUCUCCACCACUGUGCCCAAAUCCAUGGCCAAUUCCCUGAGGGACACCAGGGACAUCUCCUAUGCAGGAUGUGUUGCUCAGGUCUUUCUCUUUGCCUUUUUCGUGUCAGCAGAGUAUUUUCUCCUCACCACCAUGUCCUACGAUCGCUACGUUGCCAUCUGCAGACCCCUGUACUAUGAGACCCUCCUGGGCAGCAGAGUUUGUCUCCACAUGGCAGCAGCUGCCUGGGGCUGUGGCUUUCUCUAUGCUCUGCUGCACACAGCCAAUACAUUUUCCCUGCCCUUCUGCCAGGGCAAUGCUGUGGAGCAGUUCUUCUGUGAAGUCCCCCAGAUCCUUAAGCUCUCCUGCUCCACAUCCUACCUCAGGGAACUUUGGCUUCUUGUGGCCAGUGCCUGUUUAGUCUUUGUGUGUUUUGUGUUCAUGGUGGUGUCCUAUGUGCAGAUCUUCAGGGCAGUGCUGAGGAUCCCCUCUCAGCAGGGAUGCCACAAAGCCUUUGCCACCUGCCUCCCUCACCUGGCUGUGGUUUCCCUGUUUAUCACCACUGGCAUCUUUGCCUACCUGAAGCCCUCCUCCAUCUCCUCCCCAUCCCUGGAUGUGGUGGUGUCAGUUUUGUACUCAGUGGUGCCUCCAGCAGUGAACCCUCUCAUC